GUGAUGUCAUGAGCAGGGUGUGGGUCAUGUGAUGGGCUGACUCUGGUUCACUUCUGUUCUGAUUCUUCCCCAGCGCACGAGGCUGAGCUAAUCAUGGACAGGAAGCUGGACCUGACUCGUCUGUCGGAUGAGGAGGCCAAACACGUAUGGGAGGUCAUCCAGAGAGACUUCACCCUGAGGAAGAAGGAGGAGCAGCGCCUCGGGGACCUGAAGACUCGUAUUGAGAAGGAGGACUCUAAGCGGGAGCUGCUGGGGGCCCAGACUGGACUGGGGGACUCUAUGUGUAUUUGCUGUCUGCAGCCAUUCAAGUUUCUGCUCAACUCCAAACGCCAGUGUCUGGACUGUCAGCUGUACACCUGCAAGUCCUGCUCCCGCUACAACAAGAAGGAGCACGGCUGGGUGUGUGACAACUGCCGAAUGACCAGAGUCCUGAAGAUGGGCACUCUGGGCUGGUACCACGAUAAUGUUCGUAACCGUUUCAAGCGAUUCGGAAGUGCCAAAGUCAUGAGGUCUCUGUACAAAAGGCUGAAUGGAGACGGGAGGGAUGACGACACACAGAGCAUGCCCGAUGUCCGCUCACAUUUGUACAAUGGCGUUGACGAGGAGUACGCAGACAUGGACGCUCAGAGACUCAAAGCUAUGAGGAAGAGUAAACGUUUGCUUUCUGUUCAUCCCAUGGACUUUGACUCAGAGGAGUACUUCUCGUAUUCACGCCGCCCCUCAGCUCAGCUCAUGCAGGAGGAGCGUGGCUACAUGGACUACGAUGUUUACGGACACCGCGGACAUCGGAGGAAGAGCAUGGACCGGUACAACAUGAGAGCAGGUGCGUGCCAGGUGAGGGGGCGGAGCCGUGUGAGGGGCCCGGCGAGUGACCCUCUUCUCUCCGCUUUUUCAGAUGACUACGGUGACGGCCGCAUGGUCCACACGCGCUCUCUGUCCAAGAUCUCGGCCGUGGCUCGGCAGCAGUACGUGGACACGUCCGAUGAAGAGGACCAGCGCUUCCCGGCUCACGGACCGUACCGCCGCAGGAACAGUCGUGGCUCCCAGGAACAAGCUCCCCCUAUAACUGAACUCAACAAGCGAAUGUUUGCCAUCGAGAAUCUGCUGACUCGGCUGGAGGAGAAGAUCGGCCCCGACGACCAGACAGAGGAGGAGAAACUGCGCAGGAAGCUGAGUGAACUGGCAGGAAAUCUGAGUGACCGGAAUCUCUCCUCUGACGACGAAACCAACUCUAAGAGAACCUCCAACAACCUCCCCAAAACCAAGACGGAGACCAGAGCCGCAGAGUCCAAAGAGGCGGAGGCGGACCCUGCCCUCAGCUCCUCCAGUGACGAGGGCCCCGGCAACGCCCAGAAGAAGUCAAGCGCUGCGGCCCUCUGUGACCUCACCACUGAGGUCCUGCGAACGAUCAACGCCACCGAGACGGCCAUGGUUCAGCUGGGUCUGACUGAGGCCAGCCCCCUCGGUAACAGCCACGCCUCCAAUGGCUCCGACCACACCUCUGACCAGGCCUUUAGGGAGCUGGAGGAAAAUGUGUACUUGGCAGCGGGGAAGUCUUACGAUCUGGAGGGGAAGCUGAGGCGCCUGGAACAGAGCGCCAAGAACCGCUUUGGGGGAACCACUGACUCAGACCUGUCGGAGCUGGAAGACGUGGUGGCUCUGACGGCCGCUCGUGUUCAGAGUGCAGAGAGUGAGGUGUCAGAUAUUGAGAGUAAACUGGCUGCACUGAGCAGUGGAUCCAAGAAAAAGGCCUCGGUUUCUCAAAGGAAAAAGAGCACCCAGGACUUCACUACAAGCAGUAAGCCCUCUACACAACCCUACAACGGGGAUCUCCAUGGAAGAAUAUCUACUGAGUGAGGAGCUGCUCUCCAUCAACACCAAUACUUUAACACUAAAAUAGAUAAAAGUACUUUGUAUACAGCUCCUGCUCCCAUGUGACAUCAUAUUGGUAGUGGUCAAUUAACGACUGGCAUCAAGUGGCUUUUGAAGUUUUGCAUCUUCAAACUAAUCAGAUUAAACGUGAGUGACCCUCACCUGGCACACGUGUGAUUUCAGAGAGUGUAGAUCACGUAGCUUUGGCUUUAACUCUGCCGUAUCUGGACAUCUUUGUUACUUUUCACCUUUUUAUGUCGCUGGAGAUGCUGCAGAAAAUAGACUUGAUUAUAAAGCCUUGUACCUGUAA